AAUCACCAACUGUUACUAAUUUAACAGUUAUCAGGAGUUAUCAAGAAUGUCUGCAGCAACGGUUCCAAAAGUGAAGUUCUCGAAUGGUCGAUCCAUGCCCAGAUUGGGCCUUGGCACCUACGAGUCACUCGCUGGAAAUGUGGAACGGGCUGUAAAAUACGCAAUUGACAACGGAUAUCGUCACAUCGAUACUGCGUUUUUCUAUCAAAAUGAAAAAGAGAUAGGGAAUGCAAUCAGCGAAAAAAUUAAGAAUGGCACUGUGACGAGAGAGGAUUUGUUCAUAACUACUAAAAUUUGGAAUAAUUCUCACGCUCAAGAUAAAGUCGUGCCGAUGUGCAGGAAGUCACUGGCUAAUUUGGGACUCGAUUACGUCGAUUUGUAUCUCAUUCACUGGCCAUUCGGCUUCCAGGAAGGCGAUGAAUUGAUGCCCAAAGAUUCGAACGGCAAAUUGUUAUUCUCAGACAUUGAUUUCUUGGACACGUGGAAAGGAAUGGAAGAAUGCGUGCGUUUGGGCCUGGCACGCAGUAUUGGAAUCAGUAAUUUUAAUUCUGCGCAAAUUACGAGACUAAUGGCAGCAGCCACAAUAAAGCCAGUCAAUAAUCAGGUUGAAGUGAACGUUAAUUUCACUCAACGUCCCUUGAUCGAGUUCUGCAAACAACAAAACAUCACGGUAACUGCCUAUUCGCCUCUGGGAAGACCAGGGAAUCCUAACAGGGUUAAUACCUUGGACGAUCCUAGAAUACAGACAAUCGCUAGGAAGUACAACAAAACAUCAGCACAAAUCAGCCUGAGAUAUCUUUAUCAACUGGGCGUGACCCCCAUCCCCAAGUCUGUGACAGAGUCACGACUCAAAGAGAACAUUGACAUUUUCAAUUUUGAAUUGACCCCCGAGGAAGUAACUACUAUUGACGCCGUUGGAGACCAGAAACGAAUUGUUCGUUUUGAGGAGGCCAAGGAACAUAAAUAUUAUCCCUUUUCCACCACCUUCUAAAGACUAUGUAAUUACGAAAUGGACAAUUAUUCUGGUGGGACAGACAGGCGUUUCGAGUGGAACUCAAGUUGAAAACAAUAUUAUUCUUAAAAUAUUUUUAUCCUUUAAGGCACCAAAGUAGGAAGAUACUGAGAGAAAAAAUAUUUUCCUUAAAUAUUACUUGCUUGUCAAGACUAUUGAUUGUUUAAAGAUAGCAAUAAAAUAUUUUCAGGUAUGUCAUGAUCCAGGCAUUCACUAGAGCAAUAUUAUCACGUCUGAAACUGAAAAUAAUUUUUUUCUCACUUCCGGGUGAUGUUAUCAUUUUCUUACACUGAAUACCCAUAUAUCAGAUAAAUGGAACUGUAUAGCCAUUGUCAAUAAACAAUUAUUCAUAAA